AAUUAAAACUACAAAUAAAAUUGUUUGUAGUUUUAUUUGUUCAUUAACAUAUAAAAAUAAUGUUCGAGAUAAAGUAUAACAUGUUAUGUUUGGACUUUUUUUUUUGACCAACUUAUUAAUUCUAAGAAUAUACUACGAUACUAUUAAUGCUACGAUACUAAUGUACACCCAAGUACGAUAGAGGAAACACCUGUCACAGCAACCAAUGUUUAUGUUUUAGCACAGUACUCUUUAAGAUCCUUGGAUAAUCAGAAGUGUUACUAUUUCUCGUAAACGUAUAAAUUAUAAUAUAUUGCGUGAUAUAUUAUAUGCUUCAAUAUAUAUAAUGUGAUAAUAUAUCGUUAAAAAAAGAGCGUUUUCAUUGUUAAUUGACAAGUUAAUUAUUUUAUAAAUCCAGUGAAAGUCAAUUUAAUAUAUUUUAUUGAACACGAUGUUAGAAACACGUUCUGCCGUAUUUAAAAUAAUGAAAACUAACGCUCAUGAGGAACGACAGGUAUGCUUUAUUAUAUUUAUUUAAUUUAUAUACUUACAUAAAAUUAUAUAAUUAUCGGCAGAUUAAAAAAUGGCCACCCCCAUUUUCUUCAGAGAUAACUCCUUAUUGCGAAAGAGAUUUUGAUGAUGUCGUUAAACGAACCUGUGCAGAAAAAUCUCUUACCCUUCGAAUAUCGAAAGUGAUCGUCAUUGGAGACGUAGCAGUCGGAAAGACGUCAUUAGUAAAUCGAUUUUGUCAUAAACUCUUUGAUAAUAAUUAUAAGGCGACUAUCGGAGUAGAUUUCGAAGUCGAAAGGUUCGAUCUUCUUGGCGUACCAUUUCACUUGCAGAUAUGGGAUACGGCUGGACAAGAGCGUUUUAAAUGUAUCGCUGCUUCUUAUUAUAGAGCAGCUAAUGCGAUAAUAAUAGUCUUUGAUGUGGGAAAUUUAAUGACUUUGGCACAUUGUCAACAAUGGUUAACGGAAGCAUAUAAAAGCAACACUAAUCCUUGUCAUGUUUUUCUAAUUGGUACAAAAAGAGAUUUACUGUCGAAUCAAGUGUACGAGAUAAUCGAAAAUCGAGCAAUAGAUGUGGCAAAACGAAUGAGAGCCGAAUAUUGGACAGUUUCAGCAAGAACAGGAGACGGUGUGGCAGAAUUAUUUGCAAGAGUCGCUGGUUUAUGUUUUAAUGCGAUGGUUUUACGAGAAUUGGAAAUUAAUAAAACAAUACCAAUGAAUAUUGGCUCGGAUCUAAUAACAUUGAAAAAUAAAUCUAUGGAAAACAAAGAAAAAAAGAAAAACAUUGUAUCGAAAUGUUUUGAUUGUUCCAUAUAAAUAAAUAUAUCGAUUUCAAUGAAUUACAAAUGAUUGACGAAAUACAUUAUAAAAUGUUACAAACUAUUAAAUAUUGUGGUUUCUAAAGAGAAAAAGGGGAAAAAAAAACAAAAAAAAAAAGGAAAAAUCAGAGGAAAGAAGAGGAAAAUCACAUGGUGAUCGAAUAUUUUGUGAAAAUCAAGAAA